AACACAAAUUCCACUUUCGUGUGAUAUUUUGGAGGAUUGACAAAUUUCGGGCACUCGAAACAACUCGUCUUCUCUUUCGCUCAUUGCAGGCGCAACUGUUUGGGUAUUCUCGAAAAUAUUUUUCAAUUUCAGUCCAGUUUGGGUGGAAAUUUUUGGCUCUCAGCGAAGCUAUUUUCGUGCUCCUUCUGGUUGCCGCUCGUUUCGAAAUCAGUUUUCCCCCACAUCCGUAGAGUUUUCCGCGGCGCAACAUGAUCAUGUGUUUACCUCGCUAAACUUCUUUGCGUGCUAAUAAUAAACCAGCAAACAACAAACAGCAACAACCAAAUCGGACUUCAGCAACUGCAACCACGCAGCAUUGGUCCAUUAGCCCCGUUUUCCAUUUUCCCUUUUCAAUUUUCCGAAUGUGGGGAGCUGAGUGUGGGGUAUUUUCCCAGGGCAAUACGUGAGGAGAAGCAGGCUGUUCAAUAAAAAUUCCCAUAGGAAAAUUGUAAGCUCGUAAUCUUAACGAACAUUAAAACUGGAAUUAUUAAAAUUAUAUUUCGUGUGGUUAUGAACAAAAAAUGUACUAUAUAUUAGUCUUGUGUUAUCAAUACUCGUAUAAGAUUUAAUCACUGAUAAUUUGAUUUUAUCUUACUCGACUCGACUGACCGGAAACACUGAUCAAUGAUAAAAUUUUAUGAUGUCUACACAUGCGAAUGCUCAGUACUAUAAUGAUAUAAAAACGAAAUGAUUGAAAAGCGUAUGUUUUCGAAAGUUAUAAACCUAAAUAGCUGCUAAUGUCUCUCGAAGUGCACAAAGUACUUUUGGUUCUUUCAAUCGCCAAUUUGGCACUGGUUCGAGCCGCCGGGCUGGAAUGUCGAAUUGAAACGAUUUCGAAAGUGUAUGGAGACAAUGAAACACUGUUUGAAUUUAAUUUCCGAGUGAUUGGACGGCAACGCCUAUUGAAUGGAACACUUAACUUCCACGUCGACUUGGAUGACGACUACGAAAUGUCAAACGAGGUCCUUUCACUCAAAGACGGAGAGUGGGAGUCGACGAAUGUGGGCGCGCAUUUCAAAACCUGCAAAUACAUGGCGCUAAUCUAUGACAAGUACUUUGCGGUCUCAUUCAAGGACUCAAAUAUUCCAAAAAGUACCUGUCCAGUCAAGAAGGGAGAAUAUUAUGCGAGAAACGUGGAGGUGAUCGGCGACAAUUGGGCCCACUAUGCCAAACUGGGCCUAAUCCGAUCGAUUUUGCUUAUUAAGAAGGAUAACGUUGUAUAUGGGGGUGUGGAUAUUUCGAUGGUUUUAAGCCAGAAGAUCAUGUAACCCAGCAAUUGGUAUAAAAGUCAAUUGGAUUUCUUAUGAAACUGAUUAAAGAAUGAUUUUCAAA